AUGGUUUCUGGCUUCUCGCUCUUCUCGAUCCUUCUUCUGGCACAAGCCGCCUUCGCAUACAAUUUCCUAUACGAAAGCAUACAGUUGGAAGAAUUGGACGUGGCGGGUAACCCCGAUCUUGCUUUCGGCGAAGCAACAGGAGCCAGUAUACCCUCCUGCAAGAACUACCCAGGCUACGACGGUUGGCCGUCAUCAACACAGUGGAGUGCCCUCAAUGUCAGUCUGGGCGGCACAUUACUGAAGG